CUUAAUGUAGGCGUGUUCACUGGUGUUUAUAAGCUGCAGUUUCACUAAAGCAUGUCACUGCAUUUCUCUCUUUAGCUCAUCUAUCCUGAUGAACUCUCUUUAGAGUAUCUGAUGUUUUAAUGUAAAUUAUUGACAAUUAUUUGAAACUGCUGGAGAAAAUGUUUCAUGUUAUUUUACUCUGUUGGUGCUCAUGGAGUCUGAUGGUGGUGUUUGGUUUGGAGUCUGUGUCAGUGACUGAAGGAGAGUCUGUUACUCUCUACAUGAAUAUCACUGAACAACAGAGGAAAGAAGGAAUCUUGUGGAAGUUUAGAUCUAAUAAAUCUCACAUAGCUGAAAUUGAGAGAGACAAUAAUGUAAUAAACUUAAAUAAGUUUAAACCUGAUGGGAGAUUUAACAACAGACUGAAGCUGGAUCAAACUGGAUCUCUCACCAUCACAAACAUCACAUUUACACACUCUGGACUUUAUCAAAUAAACACCAAAACAAACGAUAAGAUACUCAAGAAAUACAACAUUGCUGUCUAUACUCGUCUGCCUUUUCCUGUCAUAUCUAGAGACACUUCUCAAUGUUCUUCAUCAUCAAAUUGUUCUGUGUUGUGUUCAGUGAUGAAUGUGUCACAUGAUGUGAGUCUCUCCUGGUACAAAGGAAAGAGUUUAUUGUCCAGCAUCAGUGCGUCUGAUCUCAACAUCAGUCUCUCUCUACCUCUGGAGGUGGAAUAUCAAGACAACAACACAUACAGCUGUGUCAUCAACAAUCCCAUCACAAACCUCACACAACAUCUCAACAUCACUCAACUCUGUCAGCCAUGUUUAGUUUUCAACAUCUGCAAGUGUGGCUUUACUGAAGCUGUGGUCCGAUUGGUCGUCUCUGCUCUGGUGGGCGUGGCUGUUAUUGCUAUAAUCCUUUCUGACAUCAGAUCCAGAGGAGAUGAACAGAAGAGGAGAUCAGACACUCAGUUAAAUGCAGAUGAAUCUAUUGAGCUAGUUUAGAGUCUCAGUGUUUUGAAACUGAAAAAUCAUUUCAAAUAU